ACAAUAGAAUACGAAAAAAAAAAAAAAAAAGGAAGGGAAAUGUCCGUCCUACACACCACCCUCCGCCGCACCGCGGCCCAAACCACCCUCUCAACAUCCACCCCCACAACCUUCAUCUGCUCGCAAUGUCGACAUGCAACACUCCUCCGCCGUCCUAAGCGCCCCUACACAUUCACGCAGCUCAUCACGCUCUCGGACGGCAGCACCUUCACGCACCGCACGACCUCCCCGCUCCCCGUGUACCGGUCGACCCGCGACACACGCAACUCGCUACUCUGGAACCCGUCGUCCAGCAAACUGCUGAACGUGGAGGAGGACGAAGCCGGUCGGCUCGCGGCGUUCAGGGCGCGGUUCGGCCGGAGCUGGGACUCGAAUGCGCCUGUUGAGGGGGGGGAGGGCACCACGGCGACCCAGACGGAGAAGGAGAGGGCGAAGGAGGCUGCGGCUGCGGCUGCGGCUGCGGAGGAGGAGGAGGACGACAACCUUUUGGACUUGAUUAGUUCGUUUGGACAGGAGAUGGAAAUGGAGGGGUCGCAGAAGAAGAAAAAUUAGGAUUCGUUGUUGGUUGACUUGGAGGAGAAGGAGAAGGUUGUUGAUUCGAUUGCGUCUUCGGAUUUCCUUUUCUUUUUUUUUUGUUUGUGGUUUUUUUGUUAUCAUAUAUGUUGGGUUGUAUUUUAGGCUCUUAUGUACAGUAUAUCAUCAUACCUAUUCAUCCUAUUGGGUGGGGAUUCAGCACUGAGAUUCAAGCCUGGUUUGAUAUUGGGAAUAGAUGCAGGAAUCUACAAUAUUGACGCAAGGCUUUGAGAUUAUUUGCUUCCAUUAUGCUAAAAGAACUGGGAAUUCCGCACUUAAGAAAACUUGCUAU